GUUUAAAUAUGAAUACGAGCCAGCCAAAUUCGUCGUUAGUAAAAUAUGACACGAAAAUAAUAGUCUCCACAUCUGGCAAAGGUAAAAAGGCUGGAAGAGGGGUAUCAACUCCCUCUACAGAUGAUUCUACCUCUAAAAAUGAAGAUUAUUUAAACUCUCUUUUACCUCCAAAAGAGACGAUGGAGGAUGGACAAUUGUGGGUUCAGUACGUUUCACCUUCUCCUGCUACUAAAAUGGAUGUAAUCAGACUCCAAGAUGAGCUUGACAAACGAUUAAUGCAGAGGCAAGCUAGGGAGAGCGGAAUCUGACCUAUCAGAGAGGAGCUUUACAGUCAAGCAUUCGACGAGCUUAUUAGACAAAUCACAAUCAAUUGAGCAGAGAGAGGAUUUUUAUUAGCACGAGUUAAGGAAGAAAUAAAAAUGACUAUUCAAGCAUACCAGACCUUAUUUGAGAGUUCAAUUGCAUUCGGAAUGAGAAAAUCUUUACAAUCAGAGCAACGAACUGCUGAAAUGCACAUAAAAAUCGAGAAACUAGAAGAAGAGAACUACAAAUUAGAGAUUGAAAUCGAACAUUUAUCUUCAGACAUUCUUGACCUUCUUGAAAAAGAGAAAGAAGCAAAGGCUAAAGGAGAAGAGAUCCACCAAGGUCAAUGUGAAGAAUUUGUUAAUAGAAACCAAGAAAUCCUGAAUCAGAUGAAACAAGUGUUGGAAGAUCUACAUCCUAGAUAAAGCUGGAUUAUUUAACCUUAAUUUAAAUUUAUU